AAAAUACGAAAGAACGCAUGCUCUACGACCUUGAGAUCGUUACAAGGUUGCCAAAAUGGCCUCCCUAUUAAGUCUGUCUGCGAAGUCUGCUCAAAAAACUGCAAUUAAAUCGUUUUUGUACAAUCUCUCGAAACCAGGAGCAGCAAGUUCAACAAGAGAUUUAAGUUUUUGGGUUCAUGGUAGAAAUUCAAAUGCUAAAGUCAGCACUGGUGCACAGGUAUCACGAGAUUAUCCAGUGAUAGAUCAUACAUAUGAUGCAGUGGUGGUAGGGGCGGGUGGUGCUGGUCUACGAGCUGCAUUCGGUCUGGCUAACGAAGGCUUUAAAACAGCAUGCAUUACCAAAUUAUUUCCUACACGAUCACAUACAGUCGCAGCUCAGGGUGGUAUAAAUGCUGCAUUGGGACAUAUGGAAGAAGAUGAUUGGAAGUAUCAUUUUUACGAUACAGUGAAAGGAUCUGAUUGGUUGGGGGAUCAAGAUGCGAUACAGUAUAUGUGUGAGGAAGCACCUAAAGCUGUUAUUGAGCUUGAGAACUACGGUAUGCCAUUCAGUCGUUUAGAAAAUGGUAAAAUCUAUCAGAGAGCUUUCGGAGGUCAAAGUUUACAAUAUGGAAAAGGUGGUCAGGCUCACAGAUGUUGCUGUGUUGCAGAUAGAACUGGACAUUCUUUACUACAUACUUUGUAUGGUCGUUCGUUGAAGUAUGACACCAACUAUUUUAUUGAGUAUUUUGCAUUAGAUCUGAUUAUGGAAGGAGGUGAAUGUAGAGGAGUAAUUGCCCUUUGUUUAGAAGAUGGCACAAUUCAUCGUUUUAAAUCAAAGAACACCAUCUUGGCAACAGGAGGAUAUGGUAGAGCAUAUUUUUCGUGUACAUCAGCUCACACAUGUACAGGUGAUGGUACAGCUAUGGCAAACAGAGCUGGGCUACCUAACGAAGACAUGGAAUUUAUCCAAUUCCAUCCUACAGGUAUUUACGGAGCUGGUUGUCUUAUUACGGAGGGAUCACGAGGUGAAGGAGGAUACCUGAUCAACUCAGAAGGUGAACGUUACAUGGAACGAUAUGCACCAACUGCUAAAGAUCUCGCAUCACGAGAUGUUGUAUCACGUUCUUCUACCAUAGAAAUCCGAGAAGGAAGGGGUUGUGGACCAGAAAAAGAUCAUGUUUUAUUACAGUUACAUCAUUUGCCACCAGAGGUCCUUCACACACGACUUCCUGGUAUCUCAGAAACAGCCAUGAUCUUCGCUGGGGUUGACGUGACACGUGACCCUAUACCUGUAUUACCCACAGUUCAUUAUAAUAUGGGCGGAACCCCCACUAAUUAUAAAGGACAGGUUAUUCGGUAUUCAAAAGAGACAGGAGAUGAAGUAGUACCAGGUUUAUAUGCUUGUGGUGAGGCUGCAUGCGCCUCUGUUCAUGGCGCUAAUCGUCUUGGUGCUAACUCACUAUUAGAUUUAGUUGUGUUUGGCAGGGCGUGCGCCAACACCAUUGCAGCUGAAAAUAAACCCGGUGAAAAAAUAGGAGAUAUUAAAGAGAAUGCUGGUGAAGAAUCUGUUGCUAAUUUAGAUAAAAUACGAUAUGCUAAUGGUUCAACACCUACAGCUGAUCUUCGUUUAUCCAUGCAAAAGACUAUGCAGAAUUAUGCUGCUGUGUUCCGUGAUGGAGAGACAUUAAAAGAAGGAUGUGAUAAAAUGGAUGGAUUAUAUAAACAGAUGGAUGACCUAAAGGUACAUGAUCGAGGUUUGAUAUGGAACACAGAUUUAGUAGAGACUUUAGAGUUACAGAAUUUAAUGAUUAAUGCAGUUCAAACUAUUAAAAGCGCAGAAAAUCGUAAAGAAAGCAGGGGAGCUCACUCUAGGGAAGAUUUUAAGCACCGUAUAGAUGAAUAUGAUUAUAGUAAACCUAUUGAAGGACAGACGGCGAAACCUUUUGAAGAACAUUGGAGAAAACACACAUUGUCAUAUGUUGAUGGUGCUACAGGCAAGGUGACGUUAGAUUAUAGACCAGUUAUAGAUGAUACAUUAGAUCAGAAAGAAUGUCCAAUGGUACCACCAGCGAUAAGAUCAUAUUAGCUACAGUGUAAUGUCUAUAAGAUAUGAAUCUGAAGAUGAAAUGUACAAGGGAUAGAGAGAGACAGUGUUAUAAAUGGUGAUGAAUAUUUAUUGAUGUCCGCAGUGAAGAAUUUUGGUUGAUUACGGGCCAUUUAUGUUGAAACAUAUGACAAACUUUGAAAUUUUUUUUAUAAUAAAUACAUAUAUGAAUGAUGUAUUACCAGGGGCUGUCAUAAUUACAUGUCAAAAUUGUCCUAACCUGUCAGAUAGACCUUACUGAUCAAUAUACCUUUUGGUCAAUUUAAUUGCCAUACAAUUUGUUAAUAUAGAGUAUUGUACUCAUUUAACUCUACUGAAAAAUUUAAAACUUACUUUAGAAGGUGAGCAAUCUGAUUAAAUCACUGAAUCUAUUUCGUUUUAUUUUUUAUUGCUCAAAAUUUUGUUUUACUCGUCUUUACUACACAAGUCUGGAAGAGUUGUUAUAUACCCACAUUCUAGUUGAAGUGAGGGAUUAACCAGUCAAGUGAUCUGUUGAGUCGAGUUCACAAGUGAUAGAAAACAAGUCAAAGCAAAAUUUGUAUUUCCGAAUACCCUCUUGAAACACUGAAACUGAUUGGUUAAUCGAUUGAUAGGGUCAAAAGCCGCUCACAACUACUGGUCAGAUCUUCGUGUAGGUGAGGCCAUCGAAGUAUAAAAAUAAUCUAACGAAAUAUAGGUCUGUAGUUUUAAUCAGAUUGGAAGUUGAGUUAUAUCUAUAGAACAGCAGAUAAUGUAAUAAAACACCAGAUUUUUAAUGGAUAAAAAGCUUCUUUGUAUUUUAUUUCAGCGUUUUGACUCCGUAAUAUGAUCUUUACUUAUGAACCAAGUCAGAUGAAAAUAUUAAAUUUCUGAUGAUUAUUUAUGACCAUGUGUCAAAAUGCUGAAACAAAAUUUUGUGUUUUAAUUUGUUUUGAAGUUGCUCUACUUCAUUGGCUGUACACAAUGGAGAAUGCAACAUCAAGAUAAACUUUGUCAGAUGUUAAGUAAAUUUUGUGAUCUAUUAAAUUUAAAAUAAGGAAUAUAAAAUGAAAGAAUGAUAAAAACCAGAUUUUAAGCAGAUUGGUACUAUGUGCUACGAAAUAGGUUAGGUUUACCUUACGUGGAGCUAGUUUUGAUGGGGCUACAGAUUGUCACCUACAAAAUUGCAGACUAGGGAUCGAAAAAUAUUUCGUCAAACCAGAUAAGGUUUUUGAUUUUGAUAUGUGAUGCUUGAUAUUCCAGGACCAGGCUGGACAGACAUUUUCUAAAUUAUGUAUAAUGUGAUAAUUGCAGUAGAUUAUUAAAUUCAAUUUGUAUUCCAACAGAAUACAACGUGACUGUGUUGUGUUAUAUUUAAGCUGACGAGUCUCACAUUUUACAUCCUUGGUAUACCCAGUGGUAUUGUUCCGUUCUACUCCACUAAGCCCUUGGUCCAUUCGCAGGGGAGACACAUUAUCAACCAAUGGAGUGGACGAAGGGAAGUAACUAGCAUUUUAUUGCAACAAAGAUAGCUGAAUCGGUGUGGUGAAUGUAAACAAUUAUGCUAAGACUGGUAUGUUAACUGUUUUUUGAUUGGUUCAUAGAAUCAGCCUACGAUUAAGGGAAGAUAAUUUAAAUUCAUGAAAUCCCUGUGAAUGGACUUCGGGGCGUAGAACAGAACAAUAUCACUGGGGAUACCGAGGAUGAACAGUUCAUCGUUUUACAUCUCUCUUUAGGUCUAAAUUUUCUCCCUUUGACAAAAAAAAUUGAAAAGGGUCAGAAACACCAAAUCACUUUAUUUUUAGUUGUAUGGAAUACCAUAUCAGCCAAAAUAUAUACAUGUAUAUAUAUAUUCUAAUUCAAGAGUGUAGUUGUAUGCUCUAUUUUUAAUAGAGCCCUGUUGUUAUUUUGUCUGGUGUGUUAUUUAUUCCAUACAGCCAGAUAUUAAGGGGAUCUGAUGCUUAGAUGGAAAAUGUAAUCAGGGGAAAUGAUCUAGUUAAUAUUAUAUGCAAGUGUUUUGUAAAUAAAUGCUAUUUGUUGUUUACAA